AUGAAGCGUAAAAAACAAGAUAGUCUUAGAGAACGAGAGGUGAAACUUGGAACCCCUCUUAAACUUCGUUAUCAAUUACGUAAUGUGCGUGAGCGUUUAGCAAAAAAUCUUGUUGAGAAAGGUGUUCUUACUACAGAAAAACAAAACUUUCUACUGUUUGAUAUGACCACACACCCAGUAAACGAUUCUACAGUAAAACAACGAGUUGUAAAAAAAGUUCAAGAAUCUGUUCUUUCUAAAUGGGUAAAUGACCCCCAAAGAAUGGACAAAAGAACUUUAGCACUGAUCUAUCUUGCACAUUCUAGUGACGUUUUGGAAAAUGCAUUUGCUCCGCUUAAUGAUGAAGAUUAUGAUUUAGCAACAAAACGAGUUCGUGAGCUGUUAGAUUUGGAUCCUGAAGUUGAAGCUCAAAAACCUAAUGCAAACGAAUUAAUGUGGUCUGUGGUAGCAUCUUUUAUAAAAUAAAAUUUUCUUAUUGGAAUAUCUUUAAGAAAAUAAAAUGUAAAUACACAUGCGUACAUACGUACACACACUUAAAUGCAUUUAUGUGUGUGUGUGUGUGUGUGUGUGCGUAUGUAUGAUAUGUAAGCAUGCAUAUAUACACAAAGGACCUCUGGUAGGUUGUUCAAUCCAUAAUCUGCAAAAGAUAUGCAAAAAAAUCAUAUAAAUUUUCUUUACUAGAAACUAUAAAUUUCCUGAGCCCCGUCUGUGUAUGCACAAAUAUAUAUAUAUAUAUAUAUAUAUAUAUAUAUAUAUAUAUAUAUAUAUAUAUAUAUAUAUAUAUAUAUAUAUAUAUAUUCGUGUUUAUAUUUGUAUUUAUUAUAUAUGUGUAUGUUAGCGAGGAGUUGCUAUUUGGAGUAACAGAAACGUACUAAAGAUGCGUGAACUUUUUAGUAAAACUUUGGAUUGAGUUUUACCGAAUUUGAUGUUUCCAUGGUUAUGUGUUGAAACUUUUAGAUAAUGUUUACUUCACGUAACCAUUAACAAUAAAUAAAUGCACUAAAAUAUUUUCUCAUAAUUACUUUAUUUAUUACACAAUUUUUGUUGAUUUAUUUUUUAAAAUUGUUUAUUCAAGCCAAAAA